AUGAAUGAUGUUCCAUAUGCCUCAGCAGUUGGUUCUAUUAUGUAUGCCGUGUUAUGUACAAGACCAGACGUUUCCUAUGCGCUAAGUGUUAGCAGCCGGUACCAAAGUGAUCCAGGAUUGGAACACUGGGCCGCAGUCAAGGGUAUUCUUAAGUACCUCAGAAGGACCAAGGAUUUACUCCUUGUGUACGGAGGUGAUGAAGAGCUCAUUGUAAGUGGUUACACUGAUGCAGGCUUCAUGGCUGACCCAGAUGACUUCAAAUCUCAAUCAUGCUAUGUUUUCAUAUUGAACGGUGGCGCAGUAGAUUGGAAAAGUUCCAGACAAAAGACUGUAGCGGAUUCUACCACGGAGGCAGAAUAUGUUGCUGCUUCAGAAGCCUCCAAGGAGGCGGUAUGGAUCAAGAAAUUUAUUGAAGACCUUGGUGUGGUUCCUAGUGCCCAGGACCCAGUGGAGAUCUAUUGUGAUAAUAGUGGCGCCAUGGCUCAGGCAAGGGAGCCAAGUUUGCACCAUAAGACAAGACAUAUUGAAUGCAAUAUAAACUCAUUCGACAUCAUGUCGAAGAGGGUUUAG